AUGACUAUACUGCCACUAGCCCCGACACAUCACACUGCCGAGUCAGACACCCUUCUGGACCUUCUAGUUGUUACUGACCCCUCUGACGUGACGCAUCUAGGGCAGCUUCCAAUUCCAGCAGUUUCACGUCACGAUCUUGUGUACUGUGUUAUCAAGGUCAAAGUUCCAAAGCCAAAAGUAAAAAUUAUUAAAUACAGAGAUUUUAAAAGUAUGGACGAAGCCUCUUUUAUGUAUGAUGUUUAUUCGACCCCAUGGCAGAAUCUACAGACAUUGCAAUCUGUCGAUGACAUGGUUGAAGCUUUUAACACCACCAUUCUGGGGCUAUACGAUAAACAUGCACCAGUUGUUACCAAACGCAUAACAAAGCGGCGUCCAGUGCCUUGGAUCACGUGUGAAAUUCUUAGCUUGAUGGCUCAACGUGAUUCCAUGUAUAGGAGAGCUCGUCGAGCUAAAAAUGUCCUGCAAUGGCUGAGGUCUUAUCUGUCUGGCAGAAGGCAGUGUGUACAAGUCUACAUGAGGCUGAACUGCGACCCAGCAAGAUAUACAGCUCCUGACGCCAAUGUCGCUGUGGGGCUUCCAGACGUGCUGUGA